UUGUCUUGUAGCUUCGUGUGUAGUGUGUGUAGUCUACUCAAGAAGAAUGGCAGAGGCGAUGUCAUGUAACCAAGAUCUUUUUACAUGCCCUAUUUGUUUGGAUCUGCUGAAAGCUCCAGUGACUAUUCCUUGUGGACACAGUUACUGCAUGGGGUGCAUAAAGGGCUGCUGGCAUCAGGAAGAGCCGAAGGGAGUCUACAGCUGCCCCCAGUGCAGACAGGCGUUUAAUCCUAGACCUGUUUUAAACAAAAAUCAUGUUUUUGCUGAGCUUGUGGAGCAGAUCAGGAGGACCAGAAUCCAAACUGUUGCUUCUGCUCCUGUUGAAUUUGCUGGAGUUGGAGAUGUACAUUGUGACGUCUGCACUGGGAGAAAACUCAAAGCUGUGAAGUCCUGUUUGGAUUGUCUGUUAUGUUACUGUGAAAAUCAUUACAAAUCUCACAAUGAACUUAAUCCUGGACGAAAACAUAUGAUGGUUGAUGCCACAGUCCAGCUACAGGAGAGGAUCUGCUCCCGUCAUGAGAAGCCUCUGGAGGUGUUCUGUCGCAGAGAACAAACUUGCGUUUGUUUGUUCUGUCUGAUGGAUGCACACAAAGGCCAUGACACUGUGUCAGCCUCUGUAGGGAGGAAGGAGAAACAGACACAUUUGGGAGAGACUCAAAAGAAAAUUCAGCAGAGAAUACUGGAGAGAGAGAAGAAGCUACAGAAGCUGAGGAAGGCUGUGGAGAGUCUCAAGAGUUCUGCACAGACAGUAGUUGAGGAUAAUGAGAGAAUCUUCACUGAGAUGAUCCACUCCAUUGAGACAAGACGCUCUGAGGUGAAAGAGCUGAUCAGAGAUCAGGAGAAAGCUGAGGUGAGUUGGGCUGAAGGACUCAUGAAGCAACUGGAGCAGGAGAUUGUUAACCUGAAAAGGAGAGAUGCUGAGCUGGAGCAGCUUUCACACACAGAGGACCACAUCCAUUUCCUUAAGACUUUUCAGUCAGUGAGCAACACACCUGAGACUACAGAUGUUUCCAUCAUCUAUGUUAACCAAAUCCCUUCUUUUGAGACUGUGAAGAAAUCUGUCACUUUGCUAAAGGGGCGGCUGGAGGAUUUCUGCAAAGAGGAAGUCAUAAAGAUAUCUGCCACAGUGUCUAAAGUCCAGACUCUCUCGCCUGCGGAACCUGCAACCAGAGAGGAAUUCCUACAAUACUCCUGUCACUUCACACUGGAUCCAAACACAGCACACAUAAAUCUCCAGCUGUCUGAGGGGAACAGGAAGGUGGAAGGCAGAGCUAAUUUCCAGUCAUAUCCUGAUCAUCCAGAGAGAUUUGAUACGGAGCGUCAGGUGCUGUGUAGAGAGGGUGUGUCUGGACGCUGCUACUGGGAGGUUGAGUGGAGUGGUGAAUUGAAUAUAGCAGUCUCAUAUGAAAGCAUCAACAGGAAAAGAGGGUUUAGCGGGAAUGCGUUUGGUUGUAACUAUCAGUCCUGGAGGCUGAGACUCUCCUACUGUAGCUCCUCAUUCUGGCACAGUAGUCAAAGUACUGAACUCUUUCUAGUGCCCUGCUCCAGAAUAGGAGUGUAUGUGGAUCACAGGGCAGGAACUCUGGCCUUUUAUAGCAUCUCUGAUACAAUGACCCUCCUGCACAGAAUCCAGACCACAUUUACUCACACACUCUACCCUGGGUUUUCGCUAAAUAAUGAUUGUCAGCAUCUGUAA